AUGUUUAAAGGAUGCAAGUUUAGCUUGUAUGACAGCCAGGCAACUGAUGACCUGGACAAUGAAGAUGAUGAACAACCCAAUUUAGCAUGCACUUCACAGCUUCAGAGGUGGCAUGCUAAAGGCCGUGGGGAAAACAUCCAUCCUCAACCAGUCAUGGAAGUAACUGUUUCCAAGACAAAGCUCGACGAAACAAAAAUAAGGGAAGGGGUGAAGUCUCUGCUCUAUGAAGCCAGGAUGAAACCUACUCAUGACCUCCAGGCAGAAGCUGAUUUGAAGAAGACUCUUCAAGGUAUAAACCCACAGUUUGGUUUGUCAUUAAUGGCUGCAGAAAAUUCUCCCACAGCCUUUGUGCAAACCAAAUUUGGUGAGAGCCAGACAGGAUCAUUCUGUAGCUAUCAGCUAACCCAUACAGAGGCAAAUUUUAGUGCCACCAUUGACAUUGCCUCUAUACCUCGAUUAAACAACUCUCUGCCAACCGAACUGACCUACCCCAGAUUUCCAUUAUCUGCAAUGGACACAUUUGACAUUCCUGACAAUCUAGACGAUGCUGAGAAAGCACUUAUUCAGACUCUUGAAGUUGAUGAAAAUUCUAUUAACAGCAUUGAAUCUGCCACAAGAGAGCAAUCAAAUUCUGAAUGCUGGAAAAAUGAGCGCAAAUAUAGAUUUACAGCUUCAAGAUUUCAGCUAAUAAGUAAGAGGCAAAGGAACCAUGACAAGUUUGCAGCUGAGCUCAUCAACCCAAAGCCAUUCUCUUCAAGACAUGUCGAGCAUGGACUGAAAUAUGAGCCAAUUGCACUAAGAGAAUAUGAAAAAGUAAUGCUAACCCGAAAGACACCAGUCAAGGUCCUCAACUGUGGUCUGGUCAUUUCACAACACAUGCCAAUUCUUGCUGGCUCCCCUGAUGCAAGGGUUGUUGAUUUUGGAUGUGAGCGUCACUUUGGACUAGCCGAGGUUAAAUGUCCAGAAACUAAAUUUCAUGUUACCCCUUUGGAGGCUUGUGAGGAUCCCACAUUCUGCUGUGAAGCUGUCAAUGGACAUUGUAAACUCAAAAGGAACCAUGCUUACUUUGCUCAAGUUCAGGGCCAGAUGGGUGUAUCUGGAGCAUCCUGGUGUGAUUUUAUUGUAUACACCAAGAAAGGGAUCUCUGUGGAAAGGAUUGCCUUUGACCCUGCAUACUGGGCAGAAUUAAGGCAAAAGCUUGUAUCUUAUUAUUUUGCUAAUUUCAUAAAGCAUGCAGCAAAGGCAGUGUAA